AUGGAGAGGUUCCAGAAAUUCAUUUUACUUCCUCUCAUCCUAACUGCCUCACUACCAGGUCUUGGCUUUUGCUACACUCUUAUAAGAGGCCCUACUAAUGCAACAGUCCUUGCUGGUUCAGAAGCCCGGUUUAAUUGCACUCUGUCACUAGGAUGGGUAAUUCUCAUUUGGCUGUCCAAUGGAAAUCCUGUCCUCACUGUCACCAGUUCUCAAGGAGCUAUUGAAACAUCAGACCGCUUCACCUCUCAAAAUUAUACCAGUGGCAGUGAGUUUACCUCAGAGCUGAUCAUCCACAAUACCCAGCUGAAUGACUCUGGAAAAAUUGAAUGUAGCAUACAGCAAUCUAGUCAGAACAACUUUGCAUUUCUUUCUGUUCAAGUUAAUGGAUCUUUAUUCAUCAAAAAUAGCACCUUAACAGUAAAAGAGAACAAAACAGUUGAAAUUGUUUGUGAAGCCUUAGGAUGGGCUCCAGCUCCAGACAUUACCUGGAUGACAAAUGACUCUUUCAUUGAUAAGUCGAGGUAUGUUACCCAGCAAAGUCAAGGAUCUAAUGGCCUCCACAAUGCCCUGAGCAUCCUAACUUUGACUCCGAUGGACAGUGAGAUUUUGACUUGUUUAGCUGACAUAGAAGCACUCCCUAAUCCUCAGAAUGCAACUGUAACUGUUAUUUUUGUCAACUCUACUACAGAAAAUGAGUACAGUGAAGACAACAAAAGCACCUGGGUUAUUGUACUUGCAGUUGUGCUUUCGCUUGUUGGUAUUAUUCUUCUGAUUAUUAUUAUUGUGGUUGUGGUACGCUGCUGCUGCCUAAAGAAGAAAG